AUGGACCAAAAAAAGGAAAAGAAAGCAGGCAAAGACAAGGCGGAGAAGAAAGCCAAAAAGGAAAAGAAGGAAAAGAAGGACAAGAAGGACAAGAAGUCCAAAAAAGAAAAGAAGCAUCGGGACCAGCCUUCCGAGGAUUCUGCAGAAAAGCCCCCUGCAAAGGAUGGUCAGGCCAACGACGCCGCUAUGGAGGAAGCGCUGUUUGGCGAUUCCGAGAAAGAGGAGGAGAAGCAGAAGGCACCCUUGCCAGUCAAAGUGGCCCCCAGAGAUGACACGGAGAACCUCAUGGACGAAGUGGAGAUGGAAGUGGCGAGGGACAAGCAGACAACAAAUGGAACGAAGGCAGAGGAGAAGAAAAACAAAAAAGAGAAGAAGCUCAAAAAGGAUAAAGCCAAGAAGGACAAGAAAGACAAAAAAGAGAAGAAACGGAAGACCUCGGCUUUCCUCGACGCGCCCUCCAAUAUCGUUGAGCACAACGAGCCGGAGAAUGCGACUCCCCCAGACAAGGAAGUUGUCGAGGAGGAUGACAUCUUCGGGAGGUUUGGGCUGGACGAUGCGAGCGACCACGAGCAAGCGUCGGAGGUCGCGCCCAGCAGCGUGGGCGGGAACUUGACUAUGGGAUCAGUGGGAUCUCCGCGGGCUGCUGGUCUUUCGCCAGCUCGCUCUAGCAGGAGGCUGGGUCGAUCACUGAGCCCAUCGCCUGCUGCUGGAUCCCUCGGCCUUGGCCGGCGAAGAAGGUCGAGCCCUGCACGCGUUGAGGAACAGGAGAAGGAGGAGAGCCUCGUCGAGCAGUUGACCCAUGCCUUGGAAUCCAUCAAGCCGCGGCGAGGCCUCGUCAUCAAAGAUGAAGAGGCCCACGUGUUUGUCGAGGCAUUUGUCAAGAAGAUGGAAGGCAUUGCUGCAGAAGACCUGGAGGAACACCACCAGGGCAGGCCCAUGUUGAAGAAGCUGCGCAUGCUUCCCGUCGCCGUGGAAGUCAUGGAGAAGUUCCAAUUUUCUGAUGCUUUCAUUGCCUACGGCGGGUGCAAGGUCCUAGCGCUGUGGCUGCAGGAUCUCCCCAAUGGGCAGCUUCCCUCCGUCCACCUCCGGUCCACGCUUCUAACUUGUAUGGAGCGCUUGCCCAUUACCAAAGAUGCCCUACGCGACGCAGGUGAACCCCGCCUUGGGCAGGUUGUGGCGAAGCUCCAGAACCAUCCGGAGGAGACCCCUCUGAACCGAAGGCGGGCACAGGGCUUAGUACAGAGAUGGUUGCGGCAGAUCAUGAUCCCAGACGAGGCCGACUCUUUGGAGGGUUUCCUUGCGGAAAGUGAUCGGGUGGGUACCAUUCCUCGACCGCCACCAGAGACGGAGGAGAGCUUAGCCUUGCAAGAGGAGGAAAGCGCGAAGCGUCUCCAUCCUGCCAUCCCCGUGAUCCAGGGCAAAGAGUACGUGAUCCAGCCAAUCUCCACUGCCCAGCCCAUUGUUCGUGAGAAGUUAGGCACGGACACCUACAGAGGCAAGCUCAACGAAGUCUUGAAAGUCAUGUCAAGACCGAACAAGAGGGCUUGGAAGCCUUACUCUGUGUCUGUGGCUGGGAGACAGCUGAAUGCCGACUAA